AGGGCUAUGACACAGUCACCCACAGGCCCCCACCUCGAUCCUCUCUUCCCUAAACGACGAUCUGGGUCUGGGUUUCUGAUGUUUCCUCAUUUCCUGGGAGAGGAGAGGACGCAACCAAGCCCUGACUCCAGCUGCAGUGGUUAUCUGCCCACCAUGGCCCUGGUGCUGAUCCUCCAGCUGCUGACCCUCUGGCCUCUGUGUCACACGGACAUUACUCCAUCUGUCCCUCCAGCUUUAUACCCCAAGCCAUGGCUGGGAGCUCAGCCGGCUACAGUUGUGACCCCUGGGGUCAAUGUGACCUUGAGGUGCCGGGCACCCCAACCCGCCUGGAGAUUUGGACUUUUCAAGCUUGGAGAGAUCGGUCCCCUUCUCUUCCGGGAUGUGUCCUCCGAGCUGGCAGAAUUCUUUCUGGAGGAGGUGACUCCAGCCCAAGGGGGAAGUUACCACUGUUGCUACCGGAGGCCAGACUGGAGGCCGGGUGUCUGGUCCCAGCCCAGCGAUCCCCUGGAGCUGCUGGUGAUAGAGCAGCUGCCGCGGCCGUCGCUGGUGGCGCUGCCCGGGCCGGUGGUGACUCCCGGCGCCAACGUAAGCCUGCGCUGCGCCGGCCGCCUGCGGAACAUGAGCUUCGUGCUGUACCGCGAGGGCGUGGCGGCCCCGCUGCAGUACCGCGACUCCGCGCAGCCCUGGGCCGACUUCCCGCUGCUGGGCGCCCGCGCUCCCGGCACCUACAGCUGCUACUAUCACACGCCCUCCGCGCCCUACGUGCUGUCGCAGCGCAGUGAGGCGCUGGUCAUCGGCUGGGAAGACUCUAGCUCCUCCGACUACACUCGGGGGAACCUUGUCCGUCUGGGGCUGGCCGGUCUGGUCCUCAUCUCCCUGGGCGCACUGGUCACUUUUGACUGGCGCAGCCAGAACCGCGCUCCUGCUGGUGUCCGCCCUUGAGCCCCAGGGGCGCUGCAACCCCAGAAGACUUCCAACCUGAGUGGUGGAGAAGCUGGGACCUUGUGCUGGACUGUCCUUUCCUGCAGCCCCGCAGCCCUGCUGGCUGAGCCCCGAGGAACUGCCCUUCGACACCCCUGUGCCCUGUGCUGUGGCUUCUUUCCGGGCCUUUCCCAAGGAGUAGCUGAGUGGAAGACGCGAUCAGUGGUUAAGACUUCCAAGCCAGAAGACAGAGGGUUUGAAUCCCAGUAGUAGCAGCUACAGAGAGGUAGCAGUGAGAGGGGAAGCCAGCUGGACUUCCUGGGUCGAGUGGAGACUUGGAGAACUUUUCUGUCUUACAAGAGGAUUGUAAAAUGGACCAAUCAGCAGGACAUGGGCGGGGACAAAUAAGGGAAUAAAAGCUAGCCAGCAGCGGCAACCUGCUCGGGUCCCCUUCCAGGCUGUGGAAGCUGUCUUCUCUUGCUCUUCACAAUAAAGUUUGCUGCUGCUCACUCUUU